CCCCGCCCGGUGACACAAAGCAAAUUCAAGAUGGCUGAGGCGGUGGAGGGUGUCCCGCACGGGGGAGAUGCGGUUCUGCCUUGCCCACCAGAAGAACAGGAACUGACCCGGCGCCUCCGCAGCCUUUACCCCGCCGUCAACCAGGAGGAGACGCCGCUGCCGCGGUCCUGGAGCCCCAAGGACAAGUACAACUACAUCGGCCUCUCACAGGGCAAUCUGCGCGUCCACUACAAAGGUCAUGGUAAGAAUCACAAAGAUGCUGCCUCAGUCAGGGCUACACACCCUAUACCUGCAGCCUGUGGUAUUUAUUAUUUUGAAGUGAAGAUCGUCAGUAAAGGUAGAGAUGGGUACAUGGGAAUAGGACUGUCUGCUCAAGGGGUCAACUUGAACAGGCUUCCUGGAUGGGAUAAACAUUCCUAUGGGUACCAUGGGGACGAUGGGCACUCCUUCUGCUCCUCGGGGACAGGACAGCCCUAUGGCCCUACGUUCACCACUGGAGAUGUGAUUGGCUGCUGUGUCAACCUCAUCAACAAUACCUGCUUCUACACAAAAAAUGGCCACAGCUUAGGUAUAGCCUUUACAGACCUCCCUUCAAAUCUCUACCCUACAGUGGGUCUCCAGACUCCUGGAGAGAUAGUUGAUGCCAACUUUGGGCAGCAGCCAUUUGUGUUCGACAUUGAGGACUACAUGAGGGAGUGGCAAGCGAAGAUUCGGAGCACCAUUAAGCGGUUUCCCAUAGGAGACAGACUAGGCGAGUGGCAAGCCAUGCUGCAGAAUAUGGUUUCGUCGUAUUUGGUUCAUCAUGGGUACUGUUCAACAGCAACUGCCUUUGCCAGAAUCACAGAGACCACAAUUCAGGAAGAACAGACCUCAAUAAAGAAUAGACAAAGAAUACAGAAGCUAGUGCUAGCAGGCAGAGUGGGAGAGGCUAUAGAAGCCACCCAGCAGCUCUAUCCUGGCCUCCUAGAACAUAACCCCAACCUGCUCUUCAUGUUAAAGUGUCGGCAGUUUGUGGAGAUGGUGAAUGGGACAGACAGUGAAGUCCGUUGUUUCAGUGCCCGCAGCCCCAGAUCCCAGGACAGUUACCCUGGGUCCCCCAGCUUAAGUCCUAGACAUGGAUCAAACAACUCACAUGUUCACAGUACUGGAGCAGAUAGUCCAACCUGUAGCAAUGGAGUUGUGUCCAUGAAAAGCAAACAGAGUCACAGUAAAUACCCAACACUGAGUUCAUCAUCUUCAUCUUCCUCUUCCUCCUCCCCGUCAUCUGUGAACUACUCUGAGUCCAAUUCUACAGAUUCUACCAAAUCUCAGCAGCACAGUAGCACGAGUAAUCAAGAAACCAGUGACAGUGAGAUGGAAAUGGAGGCUGAGCAUUACCCUAAUGGAGUCCUGGAAAAUUCGUCUACCAGAAUAAUGAAUGGCACCUACAAACAUGAAGAGAUCCUGCAAACAGAUGAAUCCAGCAUGGAAGACAGCUGCCCCCAGAGGCAGCUGUGUGGAGGGAACCAUGCUGCUACAGAACGAAUGAUUCAGUUUGGACGUGAGCUUCAGAUUUUGAGUGAGCAGCUUUGCAGGGAAUAUGGAAAGAACACAGUGCACAAAAAGAUGCUUCAGGAUGCAUUUAGCUUGUUAGCUUACUCAGAUCCUUGGAACUGCCCUGUUGGUCAACAGCUGGACCCAAUCCAGAGGGAACCUGUGUGUGCUGCUCUUAAUAGUGCUAUACUGGAAUCUCAGAACGUGCCAAAGCAGCCCCCACUGAUGCUUGCCCUGGGCCAGGCCUCGGAAUGUUUGCGGCUUAUGGCUCGCGUGGGCUUGGGUUCCUGCUCCUUUGCCAGAGUAGACGACUAUUUGCACUAGCCACCAGAGCAAGAUGGAGCUGACAUCGUUGAGUGCUGCCCUUCACCUACUGUUGCUGCCACUCUACACCACCACCUUGUUCAAUAGCCUGACCUCCCUGCCACCAACACCCCUCUAGCACACACAUGCACACUGCCUGUGAACUAUUUGAGUGAGUCCCUCACUGUGUGGCUAUUCCCAAUCCCAGGAGCGGCUGGGGGAUCUUAUCUGUCUCUGUGCCAUUGCUGUGGCUCUAGUGGCACUCAAUAUUUUGCUGUUUUUUCUAAUGUAGCACCUUCCAAUGUAGGGAUUUCUCUUCUGAUUUGAGCUGUUUCUCAUGGAUCCACCAAUAUUGUAUCUGGAGAGUUUUCCCGGGCUGAUGUCUGCUGAUUUACUGAGGAAGCUCAUCAAGUUGCUGCCAACUUGUUCUUUUCUUCCUUUCUUCCUCCAUCAUGCACAUACAGCAUCAUCUUGUGUGCUAGUUAUCUGAACUCUUCUCACAGUGGCAGCUCAGAGGGAAUUUUCUAUUUUGCUUGAAUCCUGUUUAUUAAAAAGGUCUCUUACACCUCCA